UUACACUAUAGUACCUUUGGAAGAUGCCAAGGGGAAUCUCAACAUCUCUCUCCCCAGCGGCUGCUGGUUCUUCCAACGUCUCUCUCUCUAAACGCUUUCUCUCUGUAUAACGACCAAAUUAGAAGCCGGCAAAGCUGUCAAAAAGGCCACAACAUUACUCAUCAAAUAUAUAAAUAUAUACAACUUCGUAACGGCCCCCUAAUGUGAUAUGUACAUACAUGUAUGUGUGUGUAUAUAUAUAUAUAGCAAAUUCUGGUUAAAUUAGAUUAACAGAUUAAAGCACACAGAAUUCACGUGCACCACUCUGUCAACCUGAAAUUAUUAUUCCUUACCAUAAUUUUUAAUUUUGGUCUAUCUAUAUAUAUAUAUAUAUGCAUAUACAUAUAGUAUUUAUUUGUAUGGAUAAAGUGGUUGGUUUGGUCUAAGAAGAAUGUUUUGAGUUUGAAUUGGAAAUUGGUGGGAUGGGGGUUAUGUGGUGGUUUUUUGGGUUGGUUGUUGCUGGGUUGGUUUAUGGUGUGAGAGGGUACCCAUUGGAGGAUCUGGUGGUGAGAUUGCCUGGACAGCCAAAGGUUGGGUUCAGGCAGUAUGCUGGGUAUGUUGAUGUGGAUGUCAAGUCUGGUAAGAGCCUGUUUUACUACUUUGUUGAAGCUGAGGACGACCCUCAUCACAAGCCCCUCACUCUCUGGCUCAAUGGAGGCCCAGGUUGCUCCUCAAUUGGUGGUGGUGCCUUUACAGAGUUGGGUCCUUUCUUCCCUAAAGGCGACGGGAGAGGCCUCCGAAGAAAUUCAAAAUCAUGGAACAAAGCAUCGAAUCUUCUUUUUGUUGAGUCUCCAGCAGGAGUAGGAUGGUCAUACUCGAAUACAACCUCAGAUUACACCUGUGGUGAUGCUUCUUCUGCCAUGGAUUUGCACAUAUUCAUGAUGAAGUGGUAUGAUAAGUUUCCGGCUUUCAAAUCCAGAGAUUUGUUUCUUACAGGAGAAAGCUAUGCAGGGCAUUAUAUACCCCAACUUGCCGUUGCUCUCCUGGACCACAAUGCACAUUCAACUGGUUACAAAUUCAACAUCAAAGGAAUCGCUAUUGGGAAUCCACUGCUGAGACUUGACCGGGAUGCUCCUGCAACGUACGAAUUCUUCUGGUCACAUGGAAUGAUUUCUGAUGAAGUUGGACUUGCCAUCAUGAACGAUUGUGAUUUUGAAGAUUAUACAUUUGCUAGUCCUCACAAUGUGACACAAUCUUGCAACCAAGCUAUGUCUGAAGCAAACAGCAUUGUUGGUUCUUAUAUAAACAGUUAUGAUGUGAUCCUUGAUGUUUGUUAUCCGUCUAUAGUAGAGCAAGAACUGAGAUUGCGUAAACUGGCUACGAAGAUCAGUGUCGGGGUUGAUGUGUGCAUGACCUACGAAAGGUACUUCUAUUUCAACCUGCCAGAGGUUCAAAAGGCUCUUCAUGCAAACCGGACCAAUUUGCCAUAUAGCUGGUCUAUGUGCAGUGGUGUUCUGAAUUAUAGUGAUACUGAUGGUAACAUCAACAUUCUUCCCUUGCUUGAAAGGAUAGUCCAAAAUCAAAUCCCUGUUUGGAUUUUCAGUGGGGAUCAAGAUUCUGUUGUAUCAUUGCUCGGUUCACGAACGCUAGUCCGUGAACUAGCCCAUGAUCUACACUUCAACAUUACUGUACCAUAUGGAGCUUGGUUUCACAAAGGGCAGGUGGGAGGUUGGGCAACUGAGUAUGGAAAUUUGCUGACUUUUGCCACCGUAAGGGGUGCUGCUCAUAUGGUACCAUAUGCACAACCAUCAAGAGCUCUGCAUCUGUUCAGUUCAUUUGUACGUGGCCGGAGAUUGCCAAAUACGACGCAUCCUUCCAUUGAUGAUUGAGGCGGGGGGGCGGCGGAGGGAAUUAUAUUGCAUUAGAUGUUGAUUUUUACUUGUUUCAUACUUUGAAUUUACUUAUUCAAAGUAAGAAAAUAAUGGAAAUGAAAUAAGGAUUCUUUUUCUGGCUAAUAUAAA